AUGUCGAAAGAUACCGAAGCCAUCAACUCCCAGGUCACAUAUGACACAACUACUCAACCUGGAGAUGUUCAAGCCGGAGAGCUAAAAGACCACGAAUCUAACUAUGAUGCUGUUUUUGGUGAGAUUACAGAAGAUGGGCCCAACUUUCGCAGUAUGGGAUGGCUGGGAGCAAUUGCUUUGAUGCUGAAGACCCAGAUCGGACUGGGAGUUCUCUCAAUACCAUCGGUUUUUGACACUCUCGGAAUUGUACCGGGCUCCAUCUUAUUAUGUGUUGUGGCAGGCAUAGCGACUUGGACAAGCUACAUGGUCGGUAUAUUCAAGUUGAAUCACCGCGAAGUGUACGGCAUAGAUGACGCUGCAGGAUUGAUGUUUGAUUGGGUAUUUAACGGAGGCUCCGGUAUCCUGAGUCUAUCAAUCGGACUGAAUGCAGUCUCAAAGCACGCAGCUUGCACUGCUGUUUUUGUUGUCGUUUCAGCUAUUAUUGGUUUUGCCUUUACUAGCAUUCGGACUCUGAGUCGAAUUACCUUCCUAGUAUGGGUGGGAUUGGCAUGCAUUCUGACAGCUGUUUUGACCGUCACUGUCGCUGUUGGUGUUCAAGAUGGACCAUCAACUGCACCACAGGGAUGGACUUCAGACUACAAGCUCUUUAAUUCUCCCUCAUUUGCGGAUGGAGUUUCUGCAGUGUCUGGACUCAUAUUUGUCUGCUCCGCUACGCCUGCAUACUUUUCAAUCUUUGCCGAGAUGCAGAAUCCUCAGCUUUUCACUCGUGCACUUGUCAUCAGUCAGUUUACGUCAACAGUGGUAUAUCUCAUUGUAGGCGUCGUUGUUUACUACUAUUGUGGAUCUACGGUGGCAUCACCAGCAUUGGGAACAGCUGCAACCACGGCCAUAUUUCUUCAUUACCCGUCAAAAUACGUUUUUGUUCGUGUUCUGCGAGGCUCAGUACAUCUCACAUCAAACUCUCUAAUCCACUGGAUGACAUGGCUCUGUUGCACUGGUGGCUGCACAAUCAUCUCAUAUAUCAUCGCAAGUGGUAUUCCAGUAUUUUCGGAUCUGGUUUCCCUGAUUGGCGCUCUCCUUGGGUUUGCUCUCGCUUAUCAGCCAACUGGCUGUAUGUGGUUUUAUGACAACUGGCGACGGACUGAUAGAGACUGGAAAUGGGUCGCUCUUGCAUGCUGGAGUGGGUUUACCAUUGUGGUUGGAUCCUUUAUGACUGUGGCCGGUACCUACGGAUCGAUUUUCUUCCAUUAUUAA